AUGUCGAAACGCAAGUCGAAACGGAACGGUGCCGUUUCGCCCUGCCCUAUGAAGCGUGAUGUCCAGGAAAAUGACGAGGAAGCAGUGCAAGUCAAAGAGCAGAGCAUCCUGGAAUUGGGAUCGCUCCUUGCCAAGACGGGACAAGCUGAAGAACUUGGAGGACUUCUGAAAUACGUUCGACCCUUCUUGAAUUCCAUCAGCAAAGCAAAAGCAGCCCGCUUAGUCCGAUCUCUUCUUGAUCUGUUUCUUGAUAUGGAGGCAGCUACUGGACAGGAAGUUGAUCUGUGCUUAGAGUGUAUUGAAUGGGCCAAAUCUGAGAAGAGAACUUUCCUGCGCCAGGCCCUGGAGGCUAGGUUGGUGUCUUUGUAUUUCGAUACUAAGAGGUAUCAAGAGGCAUUGCAGCUAGGCUCUCAGCUUCUGCGUGAGUUGAAAAAGAUGGAUGAUAAGGCUCUGCUGGUUGAAGUGCAGCUGUUGGAAAGCAAGACAUACCAUGCCCUCAGCAAUCUGCCAAAAGCAAGAGCAGCUUUAACCUCUGCACGGACCACAGCCAAUGCAAUCUAUUGCCCACCCAAACUGCAGGCAGCACUGGACAUGCAGUCAGGUAUUAUCCAUGCAGCAGAAGAGAAGGACUGGAAAACAGCCUAUUCAUAUUUUUAUGAAGCAUUUGAAGGAUACGAUUCAGUUGAUAACCCCAAAGCCAUCACUGCACUCAAAUACAUGUUGCUGUGCAAAAUCAUGCUCAACGCCCCAGAGGAUGUCCAGGCAUUAGUGAGUGGGAAGCUUGCUCUGCGGUAUGCAGGAAGACAGACAGAAGCACUGAAAUGUGUGGCACAGGCCAGCAAGAAUCGGUCACUGGCAGACUUCGAAAAGGCUUUAACAGACUAUAAGGUGGAGCUCAGGGACGAUCCCAUUAUAAAUACACAUUUGGCAAAGCUGUAUGAUAACUUAUUGGAACAAAAUCUGAUCAGAGUCAUUGAACCCUUUUCCAGAGUACAGAUUGAGCACAUAUCCAGUCUCAUCAAGCUCUCAAAGGCUGAUGUAGAAAGAAAACUGUCACAGAUGAUCCUGGACAAGAAAUUUCAUGGGAUUCUUGACCAAGGAGAGGGAGUCCUGAUUAUCUUUGAUGAGCCACCAGUAGACAAAACUUAUGAAGCUGCCCUUGAGACUAUUCAGAAUAUGAGCAAAGUAGUGGAUUCACUCUACAACAAAGCCAAGAAGCUAACAUAGAGCUGAACUUGGUAGCUGUCAUAUGGAGAGUGUGUGUGACAGGAGAGUGAAACCUUUGGGAAAAUGCUAGGAGACUUUUUCUUUGUUCUACUUUUCGCUCGGAAAGUUUUUAAACUUCCUCAUCCGGUGCAUCUUGUAUUCCAUACGAUGCGUGUUCCAGUUUCCAUGUAACCUUUAUUGGCCGAACUUUGUAUCGGGGGCGGGAAUAUUGUUUAAACAACGAGGGUAUUCUAAAUAAAAGGAAAAAGGCUUACACUA